AGUGAGGGGACCGUCAGACUGUUACGUGACAUGCAUAUUGUUCUUACAAAUCUUCUCCUAUGCCAAGUGCAGAUCAUACACUGUGUGAGUACGGGGUGCAACCCUUAGUAUGCCGAAGACUGGAUGCCGUUGUAUAGUGGUCACGGGAAGUACGCUAUGCAAUCGUACCAUUGUCUCCAAGAUCUGGAAUAAUCCGUCCCUUUUCCUCUCGUCUUUGGAAGUUUUGCCGCUCAUGAUAUAAGAAAGGUGCUCAAUUGAUCGCAGAAGAUUGAUACGGCCUCGUUCCCCCUUCGAUCUCCUUCCCCCUUCGAUCUCGUUUGCCAGCUUCAUAUUAUCUUAGUACUCUAGCGCUUCCGCUUUCAGAGUAUUAACAUUAUGGAAAAGUACAGCGAAGACUCCCUCGACCACUUGCUCAAACGAAAUUGCGAGUACAGCGAUGAUGGUGCGGGACUCGAUAUAUCUCAUAGUCAACCCCGCCAGCCUUGGCGGGCCUGGCUGAGAAAGAAUGUCCUGUCCAUAUUCAUCUCAACGAUGCUCCUCUAUAUUGCUGCUGUUCUGACCGUGCAGCUUAAUUUCAAAUCCUCGCACCAAAAACCUGAAGAUUUCCUCCUUGUUAGAGAUGAGUAUCACCCUCUGCCCGGACUGGAUAUCAAGUUCGAGAAACGCAUAGAAUGGACGGAACAUCGUGAACACCCAUGGAAUCUGGAACCAUCGGACGAGUUAGAUGCAGCGUGGGACGACUUGCUAUACGCCCUCAAUAUCAGAAUUUCCCCUCAGGAGAUGGGGGCAAUGAAUGAAACCACCCAUAAUCGUGUGCGCGUGACUGGUGGUGGCUAUGCCGGGGCGAUGGGGAUCUGGCACGAGCUGCACUGCCUUAACAACUUUCGCAAGCUCAUUCACUGGGACUACUACGGUCCCAAGUAUGGUGGCACCGAGAACCCGGAGGCCUUUGGCAAAGAACAUUCUGAUCAUUGCCUCGACAUGGUCCGACAAUCACUGAUGUGCCGCCCCGACACCUCAAUAUACCCCUUCCACUGGGGGGCGGAUGGUAUUCCGAGUAAUCAUGUAAAGGCACAAAACCCCACCACCUGUGUCAAAUGGGACAGUCUAGACGGCUGGGCCAGCGACAGAGCGCUGAGGCCAGGCGAAUAUUCCUAUCUGAGGGAUCACAAACCUGAACGAGCUGCAUGAAAACUUCUUACACUGUUGGAAAUUAGGUUGAUGAUCCUUGUAUGAUGGAACAUGAUUUUAUAGCCGUGUUCUACAAGAGUGACACAUUAUUUAUAGCGGUAUUAGUUCAAUGCAAGGAUUAUAUCCAUGUAAAAUGAACAUUAUUAUCAGCCCUGCUGUCAACUUGGAAUUGGGAGUCCUCAAAAAAUGAGUCUAGAUUAUCCCAGUGGCUCUUUACUGAAUACAGCCAGAGUAACUCACGUGGUGAUUAUUUGGUCUUACGAAUUUCUCAUCGCAUGAUCUCCUGAACAGCUUUGGGCGGCCGUCAUUGGUAACUGAUUCUUUAGAACAUUCUACCCUCAUUCAUUAGAUUUGGUGCAGG